GCCGUUAGGGGCAAGCAGUGCGGGCCGUGCGUUCGCCGGCAGCGGUUGGAUUGUUUCGCGAUACCCUUCGACCACCUGACAACCUGCAAAAAUUACGUAAAUAUUGCAACACUCACGCAUUGAUUAUAAAACGUUUGUAUCCAUUUCUAUGUUACGCCAACGUUUUCCAUUCACGGCAAAGAGUCGCGGCCGCGGACUUCAGUGAACGUAUCGCGCCGUUUCUACUUAUAUUUGAAUUGUGCGUUUCUUGUUUAACCCUGGUGAUUAUUUAUACUGGAUAUUGUAAUCUUAUUCUGUGGAAUUGGUUUUUCUUUACGUAAACUAAACGUUUUUGUGUUGUGUUUGCGGCUUGAUUGGAUUUUCACACAAGUUAUUGAUGUAAAAAAGCAGUGGGGAUAUAUUUCAAAUGACCGUGAUUUCUACACAGCAGCUAUGACGUAGAGGAGGAACUGUACAAGUAGGGUGACAAGUGAGAACAUAAAUGAAACGGUGAAACAUACAAAAUGGGAAGACGACGCUGGAGGAUUGUUACUAUCGCAGCGUUCCUGCUUUUUAUAAUUAAGGAUACACAAUGUCAAGAUGAAAACGACUACUAUUACACACCAGUGGAGAGAAGUUUUGCUCAAGUUCAACCGUCUCUAUUUCCGAACACGAGACCUUCGUCAUUUUUUGACCACGGAGAUAGUUUUAAAGUUUCACCAGCUGCUCAUCAAUCAUUAUUUAAUAAUGGGCGCUUACCUAGUCCAGGAUAUAACCAGAAUCCAUCACCUUUCCAACUGCCCAGCGGAAGAAGCCAAUCGGGCGCUCAGUAUUACAUCAAUCAACCGGAGAUUAGUACCUCCCAACGACAGAGGUUUAGGCCGUCGCUACCUUAUAACUAUCAGAUCGUACAUCCAGCAUCAACUAAAAAACCAGACCUUCAGCAAAUACAUUCUGUAGCCUAUCAAAAUGAUCCUACAAAGCAAGAGACAUUUUUAGGUCAGAUAACAAUAAACAAUCCUGACAUUGAUUACUUACAAAAUAAUAGAUUUAAGACUUUGCCUUUCGAUAGCAAUAGCUUAAAAAGUAAUGGACAAAGUGGUCAUAUCCCACGAGAAGAAGAUAUUGAAAACGACAACACCGAUCUCUUUGAUCAACAUAGAGUUACAACAUAUAAUCCAAACAGUUUCAUAGCUAAAAACAAAUUAAACGGCAAUCCUAAUAAUUCACGAUAUUCACAUUUCAAUUCACCCGUAACGCCAAGUAAAGCAAGUAUAACAGACAUAGAAAUUAACAAAUAUCUUGUAAGGAAUCAAUCUAAGGGAUUGAAAAAUAUUCCACAGCACGAUGCCUCUUCGACGGAAUAUAAAUCACUUUUAGAUAUAGAACCAUUACUGGAGGAGGAUAUUAGUGAUAUAAGUUCAUUUAGAGAACUGUUGAAAAAUAAUCAAAAAUCAUUCGAUGUCCAAGUGAUUACAGCUAAAAAUGAAUCAGAUGUCGACGACAGCAAAGCAGAUGCAAGUUUCAUGAGUCCUGAUAAUACGGUAAAGGAUAUUUUAAAGUCUUCUCAUUCUGAUAAGAAUGUCACUACAACAGCUGGACCUGCCACUACUCCUAAACCAUUAAGUGGCGAAGUUAAUAAUGGCGAUGACAGCGAAGAAUUAGACGGCAAAGAAGAAUAUUAUGAAUAUUACGAAGAGUCAGAAAAUACAGAAAUAAAACCCACUACAACCUCAAAACCUAUAGAGCCUGCAACUGACAUAUACGAUGAAUAUGAUGCUACUGAAGCAGACCCUGAUAAAUAUAAUGAAGAUGAACAAGAAAAGGUAGUUGAAGAAGUAUCGAGCAAUGUAACAAAUGCUUUUGACGUUCUUGUAAUGAAAGCAAAUAAUACAAUGGUGAAGGACGAUAAUUUUAAGGAAUUUGUCGAUACAACAGUAAUAGAUCAAUCGGACCCGGAAACCAACAACUCCACUGCUCCAAAUAUUAAAGUAUACUCUAGCGAAGAAAUAUCAUCUAUAGAAACACCAUCUAUUUUAGGUCAAGAAGUGGUUUCUGUAGUCACAACAAAAAGUGUAGUUAAUGGAACCAUAUCUAUCCCCGAUGUGACUGUAACCCCUAGUAUAGCAAGAUCUUCAGAAAUGACACCACUUGAUAGCUCAAAUGAUGACCUUCCUCCUGUUACAACGGAAAAUUGGAUAGUUGUUGCAUCAGUUCAAACCAGUCGUAGUGUUUCAGGGGCUCGCUUUUUACCUUUCCCUACUGUAGAACAAGAAGAAAAAAAACAAGUUCUUACGGAUGAAAAAGAUGACGAAGAAGGUAUAACUAGCACUAACACUCAAGACCAAAGUAGCGUUGUUAAUAGUUCAUCAUCUACUGAAAACAUUAAUGAUAAGUUAGACAGCAUUCAGUCUGAAUUAUCAAGUAGUCUGUUAUCAGGAAAUUUAAAUAGCGAUAACAAAAAUAUUGAACUAAUAACAGAAUCAACGACAGAGCAAAUGAAUACGACUGUAAAAAGUACAAUAUCUUCAACAACACCAACGUUACCUAAUGUAUUUACAUUAAAAAGUACACAAGUUUCCUCUAUAACCGAAAGGUCAUCUCCUGAUCCGUUGCCUGUGAUGAUCAAGAAAUUUACACCACGCGUAACAUCGUCUACUACACCAAAACCUAGAAAGAAGCCAUCUUUAGUUACAAUUAUGGAUGACCUAGCUGGAUUUUUACCUCCUGGCUAUAAACCUAAACUGUCGUUUAAAGAUAAACGAACAAGUACUACUACGACCACCACUACAACUACUACAACUACCACUACUACUCCUAUUCCUAUUACUUUGCCUACAUUAAAAAUUCCCAUUAUAAAUGGAACUCAAGGAAGAUCUUCUGGAAUAAAUACUAAAAAUAAAGUCAUAAUACUCGAUGAUAAAUCUUUACUGCCCAAAGAAUAUCGACCAAAAGAAACUAAGCCCAAUGAUGAUUUAUUGAAUAAGCUUAAGAAAGACGAUAUUAGUAAAUUCCUACCACCAGGGUACAAACCUCCGGUUUCAGAAACGACACAACCUAAACAACUAGAAAUAUUAGACAAAGUCCAGAAAGUAGAUAUAUCUGCUUUCUUGCCUAAAGGUUUUAAUUUAAAUAAAACAACUACAGCGUCUUCCACUGAGAAGCCUAAACCGAGCAUUAAAAUCCCUGCAAAUGCUGUUCCUGUAGAUAUAUCUGCACUUUUGCCAUCCAAUUAUAAGCUAAAUAAAACUGAAAGUGUUAAAAGUGAGGACUUGUUAACUUCUACCGAAUUUACUGGCUGGCCAUCACCGUCUACCACACCAUUUUCGAUAGAGAAACUUUUAGAAGCACAAAGAAAUGCGACCGCCACGACUCCGUUUAGUAUUAACACCGAAGCAACGACCCAUAGAAGAACGACGACAACAACGACGACGACUGUAGCGCCCCCGCCGCCGACCACGCCUGGUGUUUGCCGACACGAAUGUGAUAUAGCAGCUACAAUCAAAAUUGUUGCAGGUGCAAAAUGGGUCCCUGAACUAUUGGACCACCACACAGAGGAAUGGCAAAAGUUGGCAAAGGAAGUUAAAGAAGAGUUAAAUUCAGUCUACGGAAAAUCAGACUUAUUGAGAAAAUGGUACAAAGACAUUCGCAUAGAUGGUUUUACACCAGGAUCAGUCCUGGUUGAUUAUUUCAUAGAAUUAAACGAAGUCGAAGACAGAGUUGACACAUUGCAGUUAAAGAGAUUAUUCCAUAAAACACUUAACCAAGCUAAGCCGGGCUCUGUAGUGGAAGAACAAAUAACAGACGUAGAUUUUGAUCCUGAUGUAAUGCUAGGCGACCAACCGGACGAGGAUAAAAUGAGAAAGAGCAACGAAAAAAUGACUAAAACCAUCGACAAAUCCGUUGGAAAAUUGGAAAUGGGAAAAUUCGUAAUGGAUCCAGCUUAUACAGAAUUCAUUGUAUUGCCGAAACGUGAAGACCCGACUAUAGUGGAACCAGAUGAUGAGGCAUUGCUCCCACAAUGGGGUAUUGCAGUAAUUGUUAUUGCCAUGGCGUCACUUCUCUUUGUUGUCAUAUUUGGAGUUACUGUCCUUGUUAAUCGCCAAAAAAGCGCUAAAGCAAAACAACCAAUACCCUUAAGCGAGGAUAUGCUUCGGGAGUUAGACAAAAGUCACAUGGGAGGAUUCGAGGACACGCACCAAAUGAAAGAACGGGAUUUACCGUCUUAUCCGCCGUCGGGAAAGAGAAUGUCAACGGCGUUUAUCGAACAGCUCGCUUAUCAAAAUCCUGGUGAUUCUUGGAGGUCGGAAUGGACGCCGCAAUUGCACAAGUAUAUGCAACACUACACACCAGACUCCGGACGUGGGUCACAGACUUAUGGAGUGUCUGGAAAUGGCUAUGGAUACGGAGGCUCUCAACUGUACGGUCAGACCGGUGGAGGAUCGCAGGUAUACGGAUACACCGGCGAGUAUCCGCGCUCACACUACUCGCGCCGUCGUUCCGACUACGAUAACAACUUCUAGAAACUUCUAGAUAUCUCGAACACUCACUAUCUCAGACUUGACACUUUUGACAAUACCACUCUUCCGAUUUUCAAGUGUAGGGCUUAGUGAAACGAUUAGAUCAGACCAUAUCUUCUAGAAACAUUUGUUGAUUAGCUACCGCACACCAGGUUGUGAGAUAAAAGUUUAUGACGAUUUUAUCUAUGAUAAUCUUGUCGCUACGACAUCGGAAUUUAUUCGAUUUCUACAUUUUAAGUAGAUUUACGAUUUUACAUAGUUUUUAUUAUAUUUUGAGUAGGUUUUAGUCCGGCCUAUUAAGGACUGCGUAUAGUGCCAAUCGUAAUAAUUACUUUGCUUUUGACAUCUUUACAAAUGUAAAUCACUUUCACGGCUUAUUUUGAACAAAUCAUCGGUAAUCGAUGUUCCCUUGUGAUAGUGAAUAAAUUAGUAACGAAUUGAGUAUUACAAAAGCCAAUUGUAAUGUUUAUGACUACGUUAUAAAUUAUUAUUAUUCAUCAUAAUUGUAAUACAUACGACUGAUUGCGCGUGUAAAUAAAUUAUUUUAAAUACUCACCCGUGUUGCAUAUUUGCGGUGAGGAUAUUGUAUUUCUGUAGAUAUCUCUGCAUACCUAUAUUUGCUCAGAACCAGUAGAAGUGUUAGACGGCGGUGUGAAUGUGUGCAUGAAAUGCGUAAUUGUGCCAAAUAUUAAAGCAUAGAUGUGUAAAUAAGAAGAAAAAAUCGUACAUUCGUUUGGUGUUCAUAUUUUAAUUAAAUUGUUUUGAGUGACUUACUGCCAAUUUUGUGUCACUCAAGAUCAUUUACAUUUGGCUAUAUUGUAGGUGAUUACAGGAUGUGUUUGUAUCCACACAUACUAUACACCAAACAGCGCAAGUUGAAAUUUGUGUGUUGAAUGAAACUAUUACAUUAAGAAAUGUUUUAUGAAAUAUCGUCAAUUUAAACUAGUAUUAAUAAGAAGUGAAAAAAUACAUAAUAUACUAAUGUUCAACUUAUUUGAUUUAUUUGGAAAUUAGAUGAAAAUAUUUGAUUACGAACGAAUGUUCUAAGUUAAGAAUAAUUUAAUUUUAAAUGUAUUUUGAUGGUAUAAUUCUAUUAUCAAAUGGUUACUGUAUCUACCGACUAAUAUAGUUUUAAACAUGAAUGCAUGAUUCUUGUAUAUACAAUUUUUGUACAUGUAGAUUUAUAAUUUAAUUAUAAUCAUAAUU